UAAAGCGCAUCUGAAGGAAUUCGAAGCAGCGAGCAGAGUACCGUGGAAAAUGCUAGGGAUACCACGUCGUAGGGUCGACCGUCGCGGGUCGGCAUGACAUGACCCGACUCUCUCACCAACCAUGUCACCUUCCGACCGUGGGUAAUCUCCUCUCCGCCAGGGUAUAAAUGCUCUCCCUCCACUCAUCUCAUCCUGUAUCUGCCCCGCACACCGCGCUCACCCACCUAAACCAACACACCCAAUCCCAUUCCUAUCUAAAGCGAUGUCAUCUACAUCAACCGUCCUCGCAUCCGUCAACGGCCUCAUGGCCUCAGCGACCAUCUCCUCCCUCCUCUCCCAAGGCUUUACCAUCAAAGGCUCAACAGGGCCAUUCGACACACCCUCCUCCUCGUCCUUCUUCGCCCACUACCCCGAAGCCGCGCGGUCUAUCCCCUGGGUGCGCCUGCCCUACCUCGGCGCACCAGACGCCUUCGAACCAGAGAUCGCAGAUGCAGACUACGUCCUACACGCUACCGAAGGCCUCGGGUUCCUGCUCCUCGAAGGUGGGCGCAGGCGCGCACGGGAAGAGAAGAGGAGGCGGAGACAGGUGCCGAUGCUUCGCGCCCUGAGCGUCUACAGCAAGGGCUUCGAUCUGGAGGAGAUGACACCGACGAGCGCGAGACCGAUUGAGAUUGGUGCUGCGUAGCAUCGUAUCGACCCACGACGGCCGCUUUCGACCAUACAUGAUAUCUCCAGCGUGGAUUCUAUACCGCGCCGAUCGCCCGACCCCCUAUCGGACGGCUACCAAAAACCAGCAAGACGCUCCCCUUCGUCGCCGCACCCAGCUCAGCAUCCAACACCCUCAUAUCCCUCCUCCUAUUCCCCAGCAAUGUAUUC